AUGGCCUCCACGUCUACUUCCUCAGCCUCAUCAACUUUUCCCGUUCGUGGACAACCGAACAGUUCUCCAGGCACUGGACACGGCCACAGCCACCUUUCUCAACAACUGCUCUUUGGAUCCAGUUCCGGUAGUGCACUUGCUGGCGGAUACACUUCAACCGGAAGCGGUCUAGGGCACUCCAGCUCGAGCAGCAUUCUCUCGCAGAACUCGCUGGCUGUUGCCGGCAACAGCAGCAACAACAACGCCGACGACAAGGCGUACACGCAGAACGCCCUCAAGUUGAUUCGCAACUCACUGCAGCCGUUUGCCACUAAGCACAACGGAAGUGGCGGCAGCAAUGGCCUUGAUCGUCGACCUUCCAGCGCCUCCAGCAACGCCUCCAGCUCCAAUUCAGUGCCGGUGGCGGCUGCGGGCACCACCAAUCACUCAUUCGGUCAGCUGCUUCUACAGCAGGCGUCAUCGGCUGCGGAAAAGAUCUCAACACUGAGCAGCAGUGAGCUGGCCGUUUUUGAGGAGAACCUUCGAAAGCAACUGCAACCAUUGCUUAGUACAAACAACAACAACAGCGGUAGCAGCAGCAAAAACGUUGUCAACAACUGUCAAACACCGAAGGAAACUCAAGCAAAGAAGACCACCAGUGCCACCGAUGUGAUGCUUUCAUCAAACACCAAACCCAAUGCAACCUCUUCCUCCUCUUCCUCUUCUCAGAUAUACCCCAAUCCCCCACUGCAAUAUCACCAGCUGCCUUCUCACCCCAUUGUCAUCGAUCGGAUGAAUCUCUACCAGCAGGCACAUGUUGCCGGUGGACAGACGGCGGCACCGGUCUCUAAACUGUUAGCCUGUCAGAGAUCACCAGGUUUGGGCGCAAAUGCGUCGACAAACCAGCAAACCAGUAGUGGCACAAACAGGUCGACACAACAGCAGCAAAUGUACAACAGCAGAAAUGAUGAAAGCAGUCAAAACUACUUUAACCUAGGUGAUAAUGCGUUUUCAGACAGCAAAAACAACAACACCAACUCCGAUUACCACAAUCGCCUUCAGCUGCUGCCCAACCAGCCAAAAGUACUCAACAGCGCCGGUGUUCCUGUCACCAGCGCCGAUGGCCGCUAUCAUUCUCAUCAACAGCAACAACAGCAGCAUCAGUCAAACACGCCCACCUAUUCGCCAUCCUCUGUUCCAGCUGCUUUUCACUCAAAGGUGGCGCCCACUGAUUCAACCAGUGCCACUUCAGGCUACUCCUCCAGUUCAUCGCUGAACAGUGGUCAGCAGCCACAACAACAACAACAACAACAUCAACAGCUACUGCAACAGCAAAACUCCACAUCAUCGUUAGCAUCCACCAACUCUUCACCCUCCUCUUCACCCUAUCCUCGCCACUUACUCCACUCUAAUGGGGCUACCUGUCUGCCGGCACUGCUUGAGUCCGCUUCCUUCACAUCCUCUUCAAAUGGACCAACGACAUCAGGCGACUCUAGUCAACAACAACAACAACAACAACAACUGCUGCCACAAUCAACAACUGCCGCCUACAUGAAACUUCUGGCUGCCUCGAGGAAACAACCAAAUGGUUCAGCCCUCCUCCAUCAGAGUAGAUCAGCCUCAGCCAUUCCAAAUGGAGUUCCACCCUCUUUCUCUUUGAAUGGUUUUACUGUGCCAACGCCGCCACCACCUCCACUUCCGCCUCACCGUACAGCGGCGAAUGCUCCCACUCCACCGCCCAUACCACCGCAUAAUAAUACUAGUGCCAGUGCCAGUGCCUGCAACUCAACAGCAGUCACAGCAACGACGACGACAACAACUACAACAACAGCAACAACAACUUCUCAAGCCAUCAACUCAUCAAGCUCACACUCAAAUCACUGUGAUUCACAACAACAACAACAACAACAUCAGCAGCAGCCUCAGCAGCUGUCUCUGAGCACCGCCAGUCUGGUCAGCGCCGUCGCCAACAAUCCCCAACUCCAACAGUACAUUAGAGAGCACAUGAGCGCAGCGGUGAACGGAACGACCACUACUACAACUACCACCAGUGGAGCUCUCUCAGCGG